AUGAUGUCCAUGAACAGCAAACAGCCACAUUUUGCCAUGCAUCCCACCCUACCUGAGCACAAAUACCCCUCUCUACACUCCAGCUCGGAAGCAAUAAGAAGAGCAUGUCUACCAACUCCACCGCUGCAGAGCAAUAUCUUCGCCAGCCUCGAUGAGACCCUGCUGGCGCGGGCCGAGGCUCUGGCCGCCGUCGCCCUCCCCAUCCUGCAGGCUUGGCUGGAGGAGGCCGAGGGCGCUCAGCGGGAAAAAAUGAACAAGCCCGAGCUCUUCAACGGGGGCGAGAAGAAGCGCAAGAGGACUUCCAUCGCCGCCCCGGAGAAGCGCUCCCUGGAGGCUUAUUUCGCCGUCCAGCCCCGGCCCUCCUCCGAGAAGAUCGCCGCCAUCGCCGAGAAAUUGGACCUCAAAAAGAACGUGGUGCGGGUUUGGUUUUGCAACCAGAGACAGAAGCAGAAACGGAUGAAAUUUUCCGCCACCUACUAG